AUGGCUACCGGCAGCGCGAUGAUGAGUUUCGACCCCAUUAACGCCAUUCACCAACACAUCUGUGCGUUCCACGUCUACUCACAAGACCGCACCCGUCACCUGGAGGCACACCAUUACUGCACGCGUCUCAGCCGUGAUCUUCACCAAUGCAUCAUCUAUGAUUCAGACAAAGCAAACGCGAAGCUCAUUGGCAUCGAGUACAUCGUCUCGGAGCAGCUGUUCAAGUCUCUUCCGGAAGACGAGAAGAAAUAUUGGCAUUCACACAAAUACGAGGUUGAAAGCGGAUCCUUGCAAUUGCAGCUGAAGAGUGCUGUACCGGAGGUCGUCGGCUCGGUAGCUGAGCAGCCUGCGAUCCUGGAGAUAUACAAGACCUACGGCAAGACCAUCCACACCUGGGCUGUCGAUAUUAGCCCGGACCUCCCGCUAGGCCCGCCUAACCUUAUGGCCUCGUACACGGGGGACGGGCAGGGCCCUCCGGAGGAGAUGCUGAAGGCGCGAGACAAGAAGUCCGGAAUGAGCACGGCAGAGAGGCGGAAAUUAAGGGCGGGUUAUCUGCCGCCCUACACGAAGCUGGGGGCGGCCAUGACCGCGAUUACGGCAGAGCUCUCCCGCCAACUUCGCCUUCUGCUCGAGUCCCCUCCCGACGCUCUCUCUGUCUCAGAUGUCCUCGCACUCGCCGACGCCUUCGUGCUCGAGUGUUCCUCCGCCUCCGAAUCCCAAUGGCCGUCGCUUUUAGCCCAACUUGAGGACGGGCUCCAAAGGAUCUACGACGUCCUCGAGUAUGCCCAUUACGAAAUCUUUAUCGCCGUCCUCUACCGCCUGCGGCCCAUCCUCCCGCCGCCCUCUAUCAUCUCCACCUGGUUCGACCUCGUCCUCCGUCCUGCCCUGCGCGAUCCAAAACUCGGCACGGUCGCAGUAGACCAUGCCAGGGAGCUCAUCAUCUCCGCGCUGGACUCGGACCCCGCAGAUUUCCCUAUCGUGGGCACCGCGGAAGAGCGCGGAAAGGAACUACAGAGGCGCAAAGAAAAGGUGGGCGAGUUCAGGAGGCGGCUGAUGGACCUAUAUCUGCUAGAUGCAUUCAACGAAAGCUCCGGCGAGGAUAUCUUGGAGUGGGCCGAGCUCAGCGCUGAACAGCGCGAGCAGAAAAGUUGCUGGAAGAUGAAUCUCGAGGUCGUUCUUGUCAAGUUCGGUCUGGAGAGGCCCGAGGAUUUCCUGACGGUGCUGUACCACUGCUUCGGGGCACCCUCUUCGCGCCUGCAGCUCCUCAUCCUCCUGAACUCAUACAUCUCGCAACCCGCGUUCCCGCUCAGCGCUGCUGUGUUCGCCGCGCAUCCGCUCGCGACGAGCCUGCUGCACUGCAUGCUCUUCGACAACUCCUCCUCUGAGUGCACCAUUGGGCUGACCGUGUUCACGAAGCUCCUCCCGAUCCUCGCGGUGAAGGCGUGCCAGCAUAUGAAGCGCCAUCUUCCGCAUCUCCUCGCGGUCCUUGCGCGCAUCGUGUGCUGGAGGGUGCGCCGGCCCGCUCACGGCGAGGACGAGCAGGACGACAGCCAUCUACAUCCGUCCGUGCCUGCGCCCCCCAUCCGGGAAGAUAUUGGGUGGGUGCGCCUCGAGCAGACGUUUGAAGGCUCUGCAUCCUCAGCGCCGUCCCCUCACCGCUACUUCACGUUCCUUUAUUACCUCUUCCCGUGUAAUGUUAUCCGCUUCCUCCGAUAUCCUGUCACGUACCUCAAACAGAAUGGGCUGGACAGCCCGUAUGCUGUGGACUGGGAUGAGGCGCUGGACGAGGAUCAAAUCAGGAGCAGGAGCGAGCCACUGCUUCGCGGACAUGUCCUUCAUCCACUUCUCAUUUGGCGAGAGGCGUCCGAAGAACUUGAGCAGCCAGAUUUCUGGAUGCAGUACGAUAUUACACGGAUAGUAGGCGACUGCACAAUGCUCGAUGUGCGGAACACCGCACUGGGGAUGCGUGAGCGCGAGCACAGUCCCGCCCAAUUUCCGGCUGGAUUGUUUGCGGAAUCAUCCGCCGAGCCCUCUCCCAGCGCCACCGCAUCUCCUCCUGAAGCAUACACAUCGACCGAUGCUUUAUCACCACCAUCUCAGAUUCAAGAACCUCCGACGCCGAUGUCCGCUGUGACCUCUCUGGCAUAUCAGGCUACAGAGCCCUCGACUCCGGUGUUUGCUACGUCAUUGCCAGCGCCCCAAUCCAGAGAACCACAGACGCCCAUGUCCGCCGUAUCCGCGAUGACCACUGGUACGACCGCAACUUCGGCCAGCCGCGUCCGCGUGUCUCUGCAGGACAUGAUCACCACCUCCAUCGCGCUUAAGUCCGGGCGCGACAUCGAGAUCGCGGACCCGUCGCCGGCAUGGUCAGCGACGCUCUUCCCGCUGCCGCCCACGCGCUCGCCUUCACGCGAGGCGAGCGAGGGUUCGCGGACGCGCAUCGACAUCGAUACUGAUUCGCUGUCUAUGCGUUAUUCCGACCACGGACACGCGGGGGAGGAUGUACCAUCUCAUGUGGCGCAGGCAAUCGCGGGGUUGCAGCGGGAGGUGCUCCUCCUGCGGAAUGAGCUCAACUUUGAGCUGUGGAUGGCGCGCGAGAACGUGAAGCACAUCGGUCGGCUGUAUGAGGACCGUGUUUUGUCCAAGACGGCUGAGGCUGAGCGGCAGGGUCUGCACAACAAGUUACGCGAGUACAAGUCAGAGGUGUAUCGCCUGCAGAGAGAGCUCAAAGAGCACAAAGAACAGGCGUCCUCAGUCAAAAACCAGUAUGCGGACUGGAAUAGGAAGUUACAGGAUAAGGUGAUGGAGUUUAGGAACGAGAAAAAGUCAUGGAUGUCCGAGGCGGCAGCAAUGCGCGCUGCAGACAGGGAAGCCAAGGAUGCAUUCGCUGCUCAGGGAAAACAGCUUGCAGAGGCUGUACAGAAAAUAUUCCAGCUAGAAACAAAAAUCAAAGAGACCGCCCCCAGGAUCGACCGUUUGCAUGACUACGAAAAACAGAUCGAGCAGCUGAUCAAGCUGCAACGUCUAUGGGAACUAGAUGUGCAAAAGCUCAACGAGCAAGCAGACUCUCUACAAGUGUUCACUAGCCAAUAUCGCAAGAUGGAGCUUAGAGUGGAGUGUUUCGAAAGAACACUCGCCGAAUCCGAGCAGAUUGCCCAGACGCAAAGGCAUCAAAUUAAAACCCUUGAGUCACGUCUGCUGCUAUCACACAGACAGAUGCAGGCCGCGCGCAAGGGCGCAUCUCUGGGCCAUAUGUCGCAGUCUCAGGCGGAAUUUGGCAGACUCUCGCAAACCAACCAGAAGCUCCGGGAUGAAAACGCGGAGUUGCAAGAUGAAGUGGAAGAGAUGAAGGCGAUGGUUGAGCUCCUCAAGGCGCAGGUGAGCGACACGCAGGGAUUGAUCUCGGACAGCCGGUCCAUGAAGACCAUUUUGCUCAGUGGCCUCGUUCGCGAGGAGCUAGAAGCUUACCUACGAUAUGUAUCCUCAUUGCAAUGCAUUUUUUUGUACGAUGUCCCUCAGGAAGACUUGUGGCAGAAGGGUUGGGGUUAG